AAUGUCUAUAGUGCAGCGACGUUGAAAGGUUAGCUACUGACUGUAAAAAUAUGUUAUUAUUUUAUUGUAUUAAUAGAAGAAAAGGCAAACAUGGGAGCUCUAUUUCUUUCUCGGUUCUGGUUAAUAAUAAUAAUAAUAAUAAUAAUAAUAAUAAUAAUAAUAAUAAUAAUAAUAUUUAAAAUGUUACACCACACCAUGCCAUUGUAGUGUAUUGCAUUGCAGAUAUACUGUAAUUGCCGUUAAGCAUGUGGGCACCUUGAUAGCUUAUUGAACAAAUCCAACCCUGCUGAAGUGAAUGAACUGCACAUGACCAGAGAGUAGCGGUGAGCUUUGACAGCACAGAGUACACAAAGCUGGUUUCUGCAGUAAAUUAGUCUAGGAAUAUAAACUGCGUUAUAUUCAGUUAAAUACCUCAUUAACAGGGUUCUUUGUAGUCGUCCCAGAGAUUGUCUGUCUCUUUUGUCAGGUGGCAUUGUUGUUGUUUUAAAACCCUGACUCCAAGUUUAUUACUUUCAUUAAAAAAAAAAAAAACUGUAAAAGGUACGGGAGAGAGCCGGAUUUUUUUUCUUCAUUUUUUCAGUGUUGCAACAGGGUUUAUUAUGAAUAGUCAAUGCUUUAAAAGGUUAGGUGGAGGGAUAGGCUCUAUUGCUGUGCAAGACCUGUGCUAACAGGCUCUCAUCAGUGCAGGUUAUGGUAGGAUUUAAAGCUCCAGUAUACACGUGGAGAAUCGAAACAGGCUGUUUGUGUUUUGGAAUACAUUCUAUACGUAUUAUGUAAAUAACGACUUUAAUGAAUUAGUGUUUAGUAUUACAUCACUUCGCCCUCUGUGAGAAUCAACUUUGAAAUAAGUGUCCCGAAGCGAUUUAACCCCCAAAAUACCACAGCUACUUAUUCGAUUUGCGUUGGAUAAUAUGCCAACUUGCAAUCUGCGCCAUUUUUGCCAGCUGUUUUCGUAUGAAAAUCCGUUUAGGGUCGGGAUAAAUACACAUGGGGGAUGUAGAGGGGUUCCCCCUCUGUGAGAAUCAACUUUACAAUAAGUGGCCCAGAGCGAUUUAACCCCCGAAAUACCUGUUACUUAUUCAAUAUGUGUUACAUUUGCGGUAUACGUAUAAGAAGCUGGAAUCCGAAGAAGCAGCAGCUGGCGAAUAGAAGGCGACUUGAGAAUCGUAAUGUAAAAUGACGGAUCGCUUUUGUCAGAAGGCAUAGUUUCGCAGUGCAUUGAUCGGCUGCGUGACAAUGAUUUUGCUAUACAACUCGAUGAAUCCACAGACAUUUCUAAAAUGUCUGUACUCACCGAUGUUCGGUAUGUGUGGAAUAAGGGAAUACAGCAAGACUUUGUUUUGCAAGGAGCUCAAGACAACAACAAAGUCUGACGAUAUUUUCAAACUGUUAGAUGAUUUCAGCAGAAAUCAGCUGGACUUGUUGCACUGGGGUCUGCACUGAUGGAACCGCAGCAAUUACCCGAAAUUAUGCGGUUGCACCUCGCGCAAUGUGGACGCAUUGGUUUCAGAACACAGAUGAAUGCUUUUUCUGCAGCACUGAAAGUGUUGGUCACGUUCAGUACAACCUACUUUUGAGAAACCGGAUUUUCAGCCACGACAUCGAUGAAAACAAAGUACCGAGCCAGGAUGAACAUUGACCAUGACAUGACAUGACAUGCGUGUGUGCUUAGCGAAGGUGCCUCCACCUAUUGACAGAAUUGUUGCUCUGCACCAGCACCAAGUUUCACAUUGAGAACCAGAACAGAAAAGAUGGGGUCUGUAGCCAGGCUAAAGGGGUGCCUCGGAGCCAAUGUCUACACGGAAGUGCCAGACGGGGGCUGGGGCUGGGUUGUAGCACUGGCCUUCUUCUUUGUGGAAGUAUUCACAUAUGGAAUAAUCAAGAGCUUUGGCAUAUUCUUCCAGGACCUGAUGAUCCAUUUCAAUGAGUCCAACAGCAGGGUGUCCUGGAUAAUCUCCAUCUGCGUCUUUGUCAUGACCUUUACAGCUCCCCUGUCUUCAGUUUCAAGCACCCGUUUUGGUCAUCGCCCUGUCGUCAUGGUGGGAGGAGCCCUGAUCAGUCUUGGAAUGAUUUCAUCUGCAUUCGUAAACUCAGUUGAGCAAAUGUACAUCACUGUGGGAGUCGUUUCAGGCCUGGGAUACUGCUUUGCCUUCCUGCCUACUGUCACCAUCCUCUCCCAAUACUUCCAAAAGCGCCGAUCCCUCGUCACCGCUAUCGCCUCAACUGGAGAAUGCUUCUCGGUUUUUGUUUUUGCACCAGCCUUUACUGCUCUGAAGGAUUACAGUGGCUGGAGAUGCUGUCUAAUAGUGAUGGGAGUGCUUCAGUCCACAGUCAUUCUCUGUGGAGCUCUACUGCGGCCAAUUGUCAUCCAGACCAAGCAAGAGGUGUUGCAUAAAACUCUGGUUAAACAGAUAGAGACCAAAUACAUGCUUGACAAUGAGCAGACGCGCACAUCGAUCGACUCAGUAGACUCAGGUGUUCAGUCUUUAUCUACCUCAUGCACCAACAUUGCUGGAUGCAGCAAAGAGGAGGAGGUGGAAAUGGAAAAGAAGGAAGAGGAGACGGGAAUGCUUUCUGGAGCCUCGGUGGAGAAGGAAGAGCCCUCAACCCCACCUCUGAGAAACAAGCUGCUGGGUUUCUCUGUGCUCAAGGACUGCAGUUUUAUUUGUUACGCACUGUUCGGGCUGUUUGCUGCUCUGGGAUUCUUUGCGCCCCAGCUGUACGUUAUUCCUCUCAGCAUCAGUCUGGGCAUUGGAAAGGAUCGGGCAGCCUACGUGUUGUCUGCCAUGGCUGUGGCGGAGAUCUUUGGCAGGAUCUCGAUGGGCUGGGUGCUCAACAAGAAUCCCAUUCGGAAGAUCUAUAUUGAGCUGAUCUGUGUCCUGCUGCUCUGCCUGGUGCUGGUAGUCUUCCCCUUUGUCUACGAGUUCUGGGGGCUCAUGGUCUGCUGCAUGCUGUACGGCUUCAUGCUGGGCACAGUGGCCGCUUCACACAUCCCCAUGCUGGCAGAGGAUGAUGUGGUGGGAAUUGAGAAGAUGCCGUCUGCAGUGGGAGUGUACAUCUUCAUCCAGAGCUUUGCAGGGCUGGCUGGUCCACCCCUGGGAGGUUUCUUGGUAGACCUCACACAAGAUUAUGGUGCUGCUUUCUAUUCCUGUGCUGCUGGGAUGGGAAUGGGAGCCCUUUUCUUGGCUCUGGUACGACCUGCAAAGACUGGCCUUUGUAACAGGAGGAAGAAACAGCAGCAAAGCUCCAAGGCUCCAAGCUGUGAAAAUAUAACUCAGGAUAACAAAAUUGUCGUGGAGGUUCCGGAUGAUUUCCUUGAUGUUGACAUGGUUGCGGAAGAGAGCCUUUCCAAAAGCAAGUCAGGAGACAGCGCAGCCAGAGCGAGAUCAAUUUAAAGAGAGAAAAAAAGGGACACACAAACAGACCUCUCACUGCGAAGCUAGUGCCCAAUAUCACAAGCACUUGCUUUUAUGUUCUGCAUGCUUCUAAUGUACUGGAAGUAAAUAAUUGCAUUAACCCUGCUUAUUUAAGAAAAUGAAAAGACAUUUUUACACGAGUGGCACAAUCUAGUAAUUCUGAAUGCUGACGUUCAAUUUGUAUAACAAGUGCAGAAUAGAUUUAUUUUUAUUUUUUAUAUAUAUAAAAAAAAGCAAGCAUUUAAGGCUUUUUUUGCACCAUUCCUUUAUUUCACACAGGCCAUGACAUAUCUGGUGUUAGGGAACAGAAGUCAAAUAUGUUUUCCAUGAGGGCUUCAAUUUUAACAGUUUACAUACUGGAUGUGUAUAUGUAACUCAUCGGAACACCAAAUCAGAAGAAAUCCUAACGCUAUGUUGCGGGAAAAUUCACAGUUCCAUUCGGCAUUGAAACUGUCAGUGAUACAACUGGUUUCUGUUACAUGUUGCAUUCAAAUAAUAGUUGAAGUUUUCCAGCAGGGCUGGAUUAAAUCCUCUUGCUUGUGCUUAUGUAGUGGCCCAUAUUCAGUAAAGGUACAAUGACUAUCUAUGAGCAAGGUCAGUAGGUUUAACGUUUAGUAGGGCAACGAAAAAUAAACGGAAUCUUUAUGAAGAGUAAUACAGCUCUUGAGGGAAUGUAGGGGUUUUCUAAAAGUUUUUAUUUUGUAUUUUUAUUAUCUAUCAAGUUGAGUUGGGGUGCAGGAAAAGGAUGAUCUUAUGAGCAUUUAUUCAAUCAAAGGAAAAAAGAGGGCAUGGACCAAAGCAAGAAAUGAGAACAUUAGCAGAUGUAGUCUGUUGUUGGGUUGUGGAAAGAUUAGUUUACAUUGCCUUUGCAUUGAUUGAACAGCAGUACAGCCUGUCUGUAUCAAUGUGUUGCAGUCUCACUGGAAUAUUUAUUUUAAACCUUGCUGAAUUGUAGCUCGUUCUUUUACAAUUUAAAUUAUUCUAUCUUCUUUGUGUAAUGAUCUUUUCUGUGUUUUUUUUUUUUUUUUUUUGUAUAUAUAGUUAGCAAACAACCCAUACACAUGCUUAGCGAUGUUUCCAGAACGGUUCUAAAUAGUAAUUCUGUAUCUUUAUUCUAGUCUUGUCGAUUGUUAAACAAGUACCACUUUGACAAGAACGCAAUACUGUAGACCCUAGUACUGUACACCAAAAUGCCCUUCUACCUUUUUUAAAACAGCUGUUGGCAAUCCACUGAAAGAUUAUUUGAAACUUUAGUACCGUUUCAGUGUUUUUUGUUUACCGGUAUAUAGAAAAAUUGACUUGUUGCUCGAAUUUUGUCUCAGGAUGAAUUAAUUCAUGUAAGUGGUGUGUGAUGGUGUAAUUAAUUAGUCUGAAUUUUGCAGAUGUAGAUACAUGUCAUUAUUUUCUUUUCUUUUUUUCACGUAAAAGGAAUGAAAAACAGAAAAUCUAUUCCCAGAUUUGGAAUAAUGCUGUAAUGUUAUCUACUGAGAAAGAAUAAACAAAAUCCAAACUG